CCUCCUUCUUAUUAUGGCUGGGAGCAAAUUUUGGAUUGGGUGGGUUUCUUCUUUAUACACUGAGUAUAAAACCCCUUCCUCUCUGUACCACCCCUCUUUCCCCCCAACCACCAUCCCUUUUUCCCCUGAUAGAAAUGGAUGCCUACCUUCAACUAAACAACGUCUCUCUCGUACAUUCAAAUGAUAGUACCAAGGGAAGAUUGAUACAGUCAGACACACUAUUUAAAAAAGGCUCAGUCAUCAUUACCUCACAACCACUCGGCACAGCUACUUUGCCUCAACAUAUCAAUGAAAACUGCAACUAUUGUUUCAGAAAGCAAACCUCUCCUCCACUCCAACGCUGCUCACAAUGCAAGAAAGCUUAUUUCUGCGACAUGGCUUGCUUUCAAAACGCUUGGUUAAGUUACCAUCAAUUCAUUUGUGGUAAACACCAUGCGAAAAAGGACACGCCCGCCAAUGAUGAUCUCGACCUGGAAAUGCUCGAAAAGGUUGCCCUGAACGUUGUCCGAUAUAGAAAAAGAACAACUGCAGAACAACCACCAAAAGAUAAGAACGAUGAAACAGUUAAUGUCACCAUGAAUACCUUCUUUAGUCUCAUGGGUCAUGAUGAUGCUCAACCAAAACACGUCAAGGAAAAAUACAAGGCUUUAGCAAAGGAAGCAUUAAAUAAACCUUUCCUUCAACAAUCAGGCUUAACUGUGGACGAACUAGUUCAUUAUUUAAACGUGUUCAAAUCAAAUAACUUUGCUAUUGACGAUAAAGAUAUGUUCCCUAUUGGUGAGGGUACAUACCCCAUAGCAGCCUUGUUCAACCAUUCGUGCCGCCCCAAUGCGGUAGUCAUGUUUGACGGCGCCUAUGCUUCAAUUCGCGCUAUAGAAGAUAUUCAACCGGGAAAAGAAAUCACCAUAUCCUAUGUAGAUGCUGCUCAUUCAAGAUCCUAUCGUCAAAAGGUUUUGUAUGACAAAUAUUUUUUCCACUGCCAAUGUGAUCGGUGUGGUGGGAAUAGCGGUGACAAACAGUAUUUGUGUUUGAUUGAUACAUUAUUAGGAGAGGAAGAAAACGAUUGGGACAGAGCCCAAGAAUUAUUAAACAAGCAAGAUAAAUGUCAACGUAUUCUAGAUGAAGUAAAAGCUUGGGAUUUAUUAGCCAUGUGUAAACAAUAUGAUCGAAAGAGUGAUGGAUAUCCUGACCCCAAACAACCAUUGACUAUCGCCAACUAUACGCAUUACUUUAUACAAUUCUUUGCGCCCUAUUUACUGACUUGGGAUCAGGAUCAAUUGCACCAGCAACAUGUCGGCUCUACUCUAAAGUCUUCUUUGAAUGACUUUGAUGAUCCAUUACCUGCUUUAGCUAAACCUGCAGUACAAGCAACAUAUGAUCUCAUCAUGAAGACUGCCAUUGAUAAAAUACUCUCUUACCCUACCGACUCCAAAACAAUUAUUCCCUAUAGAUUAACUACAUUAUCUACAUGUACCCGAUUAUUUUACGAUGAAAUGGCAGAGGGGCAUUGGGAGAAUGCGGUGAAGCUCGGUAUGUACGUGUUGAUCCAGUACUGUUUAAUUUACCCACCCUAUCACCCAAUGUUGGCACAACACUUUUUAAUGCUUGCCAAAGCCUGCUGGAACUCUAUUAUCCAGUCUGAAUUGCUAAAUGUCGGAUUAGAAAAAGUAUAUGAAAGAGGUGUGAGAAGAUGGAUCGUGUCUUCUAAAGAGACAAUUGCAGUCGCAUUUGGAAAAAAUAGCAGUUUAUGGAGAGAAACAUUGGAGUUGGAAUGGAUCUUUUUACGGGAACAAAAAUUGAAAUAAAGAGAAUUUUUUGUUUUUUAUUAUUGUUAUUAUUUGACAUCGCAGACUACUUUAGGUUUGUAUCUUCUAACAAUCUGAAAUACUGUCCCAAUACAUAGGCAGAUGGCCCAUAUCACAAGCAACAUAUAGUAAAAGCUUAAAAGGCUUUUCAAAGGUAAUGUCAAAAACCAGUCGUCGAUUUGGAUAUGUUUAUCUAUAGAUGCCUGCAUUUUUGGGCCGAGGAUCAAUUCAUUUAUUUGAGGAACGCUG